AUGACCGUCAUAUACCAACCAGGUCAUGACAACCCAGCUGACUACCUCAGCCGUCACCCUAUACACCUGCCACUGAGUGACAGAGAACAAAAAGUAGCAGAAGAAUAUAUAAACUACAUCCUCUCAACAUCAACCCCCAAAGCAAUGACGAUUGAAGAAGUCGCAACGGAAACCGCAAAGGACAAGACACUCACAGCCAUCAUACAAGCCCUCCUCACCAACAAGUGGUACGGUAUUGAUGAUGAUGUAGAUAAAGCAACAUUCCAAACUCUGCAUGCCAACCGUGCCGAACUCUCACUAGUACACAACAACAGCAUCAUUCUCAAAGGGCACCGGAUAGUACUGCCCACGACACUACAAAGCAGAGCCACCCAAAUCGCACAUACUGGACAUCAAGGCAUCGUGAAAUCCACGGCCCUCCUUCGAGAAAAGGUCUGGUUCAAAAACAUGCAAGCCCUAGUAGAAGAAAACAUCAGGAACUGUCACACCUGCCAGAUCAGCACCCACAAACCUGCAAGAGAACCACUGCAAAUGUCCCCACUACCAGCAACUCUAUGGACAGAAGUCAGCGCUGACUUCGGACACCUCCAAAAUGGGAAAUACCUACUUGUCAUCACAGACGAGUACUCACGCUACGUUGUUGUUGACAUCCUAGACUCCAUCUCAACGACAUCAGUGAUACCCCGCCUGGACAAAAUAUUUGCGGAGUUUGGGGUACCAGUAUCCCUCAAAACGGACAAUGGCCCACCAUUCAACAGCAGCGAUUUCAAAGACUACGCCUCCCUCACCGGAUUCAAACACAGGAAGAUAACACCCCUGUGGCCCCAGGCCAAUGCUGAAACAGAACUCUUUAUGCACACUGUAAAAAAGUCCAUCAAGGCUGCCCUAAUUAAAGGCCGAAGCUGGAAGCAGGAAUUAUUCAAAUUCCUACUGGACUACCGAACAACACCACACUGCACCACAGGUGUACGCCCGGCCUCAGUCCUAUUUGGCCGGACCAUAAAAAACCGCCUGCCACACUUGAUCACACCCAUAGAUGGAGACUCCAGCAUCAGGGAGCGUGACACACAAGCCAAGACAACUAUGAAACGAUACGCUGAUAGGAAAACAUACUUGAAACCCAAUGAUCUCAGAGUGGGUGACACAGUCAUUAUAAAAAACAACCACAUCUCAAAGGCUCUCACACCCUACCAACUUAACCUAAUGACUGUGACAAAGAAAAAGGGAUCUAUGAUAACUGUCACACAUGAGGGCAACCAAACUACAAGAAAUGCCACCUUUUUCAAGAAAAUCCCCAAACCACCAACAAGCCCCACACACAACCCACUUGAUUACUCUUCAUCUGAAGAUGAAAACUACACACACACUACAACACCACCAAAAUCUAAAGACACCCAGGCACAACAUACUCCCAACCUCAGGCGCACAGGUCGAGCAAGACGGCCACCCAAAAGACUCGAUUGCUAA